UACUACAAGCUCUGGCUCGCGGCCGAGCCCUCGUCACACCAGCACCUGUGGCUCCGGUGGCACCGGCACCGGCACCGGUGGAGGCAGCGGCAGCGGCAGCGGCACCGGCACCGGCGGUGGAGGCGGAGGCGGAGGCAGCGGCAGUGGCAGCGGCAGCGGCAGCGGCAGCGGCAGCGGCGGCGGCGUCAGCAGCAGCAGUGGAGGAAAUCUCUACCACUCAGGAAGCCAGCCAGUCCAAGUCAGGUCUGAGCCCUCGACGGAAGGACAAAUGAGGCAGUUCUCUAGUCCCAUGGUUGUAGAUCAUGUGUGCACAGACGAUGAUGAAGAUGAUGAUGCCCAGCCCUCAGACACCUCCUCGGACACGCUACCCGAGAACCAACCUAGAUCCUCGAGUCCAGCCAAGUCCUCUGGGAGUCCCUUACAUACCACCUCUGGAAACUCUCAGCCUCACUCUCCGGCCACCCCUAGCCCCACAUCGAGGGCAUCUGGCUCUGCCAGUGGCUCCCAACUGCCCAGCAAGGCUCGAGGCAGCUCUCGGAGACUCAGCAACUCCAACCGGUCCCAGCAACGUACUCGGCUCUCCAGCACCUCCCCAAGGCCUUCGCAGGUGGCCACCCAGCGGAACAGCAUCACCACACAGACAAUGCCAAUGGUCCAGUCGCCCAGUGGCACCGCAGUCCCCAUGCAGCCUACCAGCAAGGCUCCUAAUGAGCCAGGGGACUCCGUCCCCAAGCCCUGCAGACAACGCCAUAAGCCUCGGGACAAACAGCCCACCAACAAUGGCUGUGUAACAGUGACCCAGCUGCCUCUACCCUGUCACUCUGAGUCUUCUCGGGAGUACUUAUCUGAGUCCACAACCGAGAUCACCUGCAACUGGCCUCACUACAGACAUGGGCUGCACUGUGCCUGUCAUUGCUGGUUCCUGAAACACCUGGCAUAAUUAGGUGCUAUCUGAAACUUCUGCCUUUCUGUGUCAACCACCGGAAACAACUGACCUGCUGGGGCUCCUGACUGAAACAACUGACCUGGGGCUCCCACUUGGAACACCUGGCCCGCUAACACUCCCACCUGAAACACCUGGCCCGCUGGGACUCCCACCUGAAACACCUGGCCCGCUGGGACUCCCACCUGAAACAC